GACCGACUCUAAGUAGGUUUCGUUCCUGAGACACAACUUUCCUUCCUCAUCUCUCUUUCCCUAUCCCUUUUAUGCACACCAUGUCUUGUUGAUUCUAAUCAUUCGUGGUCUCUCUUGCCUCCGGAGAGUAUUUGGACUACGACAACAGCCGUCGUGUCUCUCUGAAUUUCACCCCUUGGUUGGAGUAUUUAACAAGGGUUUUGAGAAUGUUGGAAGAUCUGACCAUAUCAGACAUCCAUUCCUUGGGCAAAUCCCAGGCAUUCGAGGUAUUAGCCCAGAUCACACGUGUCGAAAAGAAGACCUUUCCUUCUAGUGAGGCCUUCCAAUUUGGUGAAGAGCUCUGGCGCAAGAAGCCAAACACGAGGGUUCUUUAUGUGACUGGGACUACUCGAGGGACACAGUCACACUCCCCUCUGGUUGCCUAUGCCGUUUAUGCUCGGCAGAAAGGGGUAGCCUGGGUCCAUAAGGUUUGUGUCGCAGAGAUAUUCCGUGGGAACGGCGUUGGGACGCAACUUAUGGAACAUAUUCGAGCUCGGCUUCAGAAGGAGGGCUGCCAGUUUGUUUAUCUUUGGGUGGAUAAGGCUAGAGAACACGCGCGAUCUCUCUAUCUUCGGACUGGCUUUGAGGAACUCGAGGAGCUUUCUGACUACUAUGCUCCAGGGCGUAAUGGAAUCAAGAUGGUUCUUGAUCUUCAACGUGGUACUUGAGAAUGCCCCUGUCACUCAUGCGCCACUUUUCCAACCCUUUGGUCCUCCAGGGUCUCAACCCUUCAGAGAGCGUUUUUAUGAGGUUUCCCAUCAUAGCUCUAACCGUUCCGAGGGAAAAUUCUAUUCCCAUGUCUCCUCGAUUCCUAUAGGGUUAUUGAGAAUCGUUGCGCAUGGUUGGUUGAAAUCGUUCUUCCUUGGCUCCCAGGGGCAUCCCUUGCGGAUUGUACAUUUCGCAACUUGAGCUUUAUCGCGCCAACUCCGUGUUCUCUAACCAUUCCAAUACCUAUGUGACGUCAAACAUAUCCAGGUAUGGCUCUUUUGAGGGGUCCGGAAGACCUUGCGAUUCCCC